AUGACUUCACUUAACAGUUAUUUGAUAACUUUAUCACUGGAGCAAACAGGCAUUAUCAUAUUCAUGAUAUCAUUGGCUAGAUCACAACAAAUGAUGUUACCUGUUGAUUGCAAUCAAGCAUCUUCUCGCUUUUUGGAAAUUUGCCGUCAAUUUCGUCAAUUCGAUGGAGCACCAAGGAGAGUCCAGUCAUUUGUCGCUCCGCAAUCUCAACUGAUCAUCAAUGCACCGGCAGUACCGCACAAUCAUCAACUUUCUUCCGCAAUAGCGCGUCAACCAUCAUUUGUUUCAUCAGUUUAUGAUUGUUUGGAUUUGCAAUGCUUAUGUCCAUAUUUUAGGGGUGCUUUAUCACCGAAUGGAGAAUGUCACUUGUGGAACGGUCAAAUACUGCAACGAGCAAUCCGGAAGGAAAUUCGUAUGUUAAAUAACAGUGAAAGAGAACGAUUCCUUAAAGCGAUUCGACAACUUAAAGCUUCAGGAGAGUAUAAUCGUUUGGCAGAUAUACAUCGACAGGAAGCAUCUGAAAGUGGAGCCCAUUCAGGACCGUCAUUUUUGUUAUGGCAUCGGGAAUUUAUAAAAAGAAUGGAAAUUGCGCUACGUUUAAUUGAUCCAUUGGUUGCAUUACCGUACUGGGAUUCAUCUCUGGAUCAACAUUUAUCUGAUCCUCGAAAUUCCAUUAUGUGGAGUUCUUUCCUAAUGGGAGAGAGUAAUUUAAAUGGACAAGUAAUUAAUGGACCAUUUGCUGGUUUCACUACACUUGAAGGUCAUUCAACUAUAACCAGGCAUCUUGGACAAGAAGGACAUUUGCUUACAGAUCAAAAUAUUAACAUGGUUUAUGAUAAAGCUUGUCCAUAUCCUCCAAAUUUCUCCGCCCUAGAAUAUUACCAUGCCAGUGUUCAUAUUUGGGUAGGUGGUGAUAUGAAACCUCCGUUGACCUCUGCUAAUGAUCCUGUUUUCUUCUUACAUCAUUCAUUCGUCGAUUAUAUAUUUGAAAAUUGGCGACGUAUGCAUCAAAAUCGAAUGGAACGUGAAAGGGAUUAUCCCGAAGAGAUCAUAUCUUGUACAAGUUCUCUUCAUUUUGCUAAUGCAAAAAUGCGCCCAUUCAAUUUAGUAAACAGACAAGGUUUAUCGAAUGCAUAUACGGAUUAUUUGUACACAUAUGCGCCACGACCAAAUUGUAAUCAUAGCCAACCAACUUGCCAUUCGCAAUUCUUAUUUUGUGAUUUACGAAAUGGUCCUGCACAUUGUGUUUCGAAAAUUAAACUUGGGAAAGGAUGUGAACAAUUUGUUGGUGAAGAUGCAUGUUAUAUGGGAGUUUGUUUGGAUGGUUAUUGCAGACCAAAAAGCAUCACUUCGGUUGCUUCGAUCGGCACAUUUCGUGUCCCUACAUGCGAUUGCAAGGUGAAUGCAAUCAAAGGAGGCAAUGGAUGGCCGAAAAUUGCCAAGCCAGUUGUGGCUGGUGUAACAUAUCAGCUUAUGAUCUAUGUAGCAGAACAGCUUUAAUUAGUCGCAGGUGAAAUAAAUCAACCAAA